GUGUUUGCAGAAUCGGACAUUUCUUGUUGACACACUAAACCUCGUCUGUUGAGGCUGCAGCGUCUCUCCGGAGUCCUGAAGAGCAACCUGCGGCUCCUACACACUCACAUCUGGGGCGGUGUUUUCGGUCGUCACGCGGAAUCUCACCGUUUUGCUUCAGCGCGUUAAACCGAGCAGAUCCAUCCGAUGGUGAAAUAUUGCCCAGAAUGAUGAAGGAUCUCUGAAGAACAACUUUAUCUACACCUGAAGAUUGCUUAUUCUUGAUCCCUUCCUCAAUGGGCUCCCGCAGCCAUGGAUUCUUUCACAACCAGCACCAGCACCACCACCACCGCAGCUCCACCAUGCCCAGCCCGGCUGUGCCCAGACUGAUGGCGGAGCCGGGCAGCAUGCUCGGUGGCAUUGCCCAAAUCACUCCCACGCUGUUCCUCAGUCGUGGCGCCAUAGCAUCCAAUCGUGGCCUGCUGCUGUCUAAGGGAAUCACAUGUGUAGUGAAUGCCACCAUCGAGCUGCCAAAUUUCAACUGGCCACAUGUAGAGUAUGUAAAGGUUCCACUGGCUGAUGCACCACACUCGCCUAUAGCGCUGUACUUUGACAGUGUUGCAGACAAGAUCCACAGCGUUGGGCGGAAGCGCGGCGCUGUGCUAGUGCACUGUGCCGCUGGUGUGAGCCGCUCAGCCUCGCUCUGCCUUGCCUACCUCAUGAAGUAUCAUGGUGUGUCGCUAGCCGAGGCACACGCCUGGGUAAAGGCCCGGCGGCCUGUCAUUCGGCCCAACGGUGGCUUCUGGCGCCAGCUUAUUGACUACGAGCGCAAACUGUUUGGCAAGACGUCAGUGAAGAUGGUUCAAACGCCGUACGGGGUCAUUCCUGACGUUUACGAGCGUGAUCGUAGAAACCUGGCACCUUACUGGGGCCUGUAAAGAAACAGAAGGGGGGGGGGGGUUUCAGGAGACACAGAUAAAAAUUAAAAGUGAGUAGAUCUGAUCAGUGAACUGUGGUGAUUGGUGACUGGGUUUCAGCAGCAGCAUUUUGUGUCUGGAUACAGGGCCAAACACUGAGACUCAUGUCAAUGCUGAGUGCUGAACACUGAGACACGUAUCAGUGUAUUUUUCUGCAGCGUUGAGUUUCCAGGAGACAUCAGUCGUGACAGAACAUGAGCUAUUGUUGAUUAGGUAGAUGAAGUGGAAGUGGGAGGCAGAAGUCAAAGCCUUUAGGGCACCGUAAGAAAGUGAUGCAGAUUUCCUAAUCGGCUCAGUAGUGUGAUGACGUGCCAGUUCUGCCGACAUCUCUUCUUCUGAGGCAGCAAUCUGUUCUCUAUUAAUGGUAGCAUUUUCAAGCAUAUUUGUGAAUAGGAUUGUUUACUGAAAGUAAAUAAAAGCCUCAAAAAGCUGAAAUAGGUUAAACAUUAAUCCAGGGCUUUAUUUAAUGAAAAUAUUCCAACUAAUUAAAUAUUAGGCUCAUUAUUUAAUUAUUAUAUGUAUACAAUAACAUUCUUGCUAUUUAUUAAAGCUUUUUUUUCCUGCUCCAUAUUAGGUCUAAAUUAACACUUUAUAGGCUACCUGUUUUGAGUUUUGGAUUAACUUCAUUUAAGUGAGCAGACAAAUCCGUCAAAAUAACACAAAAAAUAAUCUAUAAUAAAAUGUCACAGCUUUGAUGUUGGUGGGUUGAAGUUUUUUAAUGACUGUAACAAAUGAAAGAAAUAAGACUUUGAGAAACAGCAUAAAUUAUAAGAAUAGCUGAUACGACUGAGAGGCUUUAUUAAAUGAUUUUCUGGGGGAUAAAUAAGCAUCUUAACAGAUAACAGAAUUUUAGAAAUCAAAACAAUGGUGCUGCUAAAAAAAAGGGAAAUUUGGGAACUUUAUUGUUUUGAUAUAUUUCCAAAUUCAAAAUAAUAAAGUCUUUUUUCAGCUACAAAUGAUUUGAUGAUUUUGAUUUUGGAUUGUUUCUUUUCUUUAUAAGCAUUUCCUUUAUUACACACACACACUUUCACAUGAUUAUGGUUGGAGGACGUGAGAACGUAUUCAAUAUGUCAAUUAAGGGUCAUGGUCUGUCAUGGAAGUAUA